AUGGUGCUGCCAGCCGUGCUGCGCAAAAUUCUCUCCCAGGCCCUCGACGCUGAUACCUUCGCCAUCAGCGAGGAGAGACCCGAUGCGGCUUUCCUCAACAGGGUGCUCAUGGUCUCCCAGACUGGUUCGGCGCCGCUCGCCGAGCGCAGUCUGCUCUCGCCCGCGAACGCGCGAGCUGUGGCUGUUGUCGAUAGAACGGCAUCCGUUCCAGCUGCAGCAGAAGCGUUGGUCGCCGCGCGCUUCGCCUUUGGCGGCCGGUCGACGUAUUCUCCUGAUGUCGUGCUGGUGAACGAGUUUGCAAUGAAGCGGUUUGUCGAGGCGGUUCUCCACCACGCGUCCCGAUAUCUGGCUGGCCCGAACGGUGAGGCACGCCAGGGAGCAUCGAAUCCCCGUCGGUUCGGUCCAAGCGCCUCGCUUCUGGAUGCAGCGCAUAAGGAUACCGGUGCUCGCGUGCUUGUCUCGGGGUCCGGAUGGGGGGUGGUGGAGGUCCAUGAUCGGAGCGGCCCACUGGCAGCGACAUACGCGUUUGGCAGCGCCUCUGCAGCCAAGUACAUCACCCAGUUCAUCGACGCCGCCGUCUCGUGGAUUAACCACGUCCCCGUCGACAUGCUCAGUACGUCCUCUUUCCCGUUCCCUUCCACUCAGCUAACAGACUCAGUCGGCCCGGCCUACCCCAUCAACACGGCUCCCAGCACCGAAACCCGCUACACGCCCGCUCUUUUUCAGGUCCCCCGUCCUCAGUUCGUCACCGAAGCAAACACCUCCGCCUUGGUGAGAAGUAUUCUCGACCCCUCGGACGCCACGAGAUCAGCUACCGCCUGGCGCGAGGCCCUUGCCCCCCUGCCAUCUACCGGCCAGCGCCCCGGCCGAAGAAUCGGAUUCUUCGAGCAAGGGUUAAUCACUGGUGGGGUAAUUACCCUUGCGACGUUGAUAGCGACGGUGUCGACUGUGGGGUGGUAUACCUUUACGUAUGUGAGGAGGUUGCGUGCUUAG